AAAAAAUAAAAGAAAAACUAUUUUAAAACUAUUUUAAACCGUUGUAUAUGUAGAUUGAUAAGUUAUUAGACAUUCAAGUUUGCGUUUAUCUUUUUUGAACCUAUAUCUGUAUACUUAAUAUAUACCUUUUUACACCUAUAAAGUUGUUAUUACAUCUCUACGUUAAUAAUCCUCUCUUGAUGGUUGCAGAAUUUUUCACUCUAAACGAUGAACCUGGAUUUUUAACGGACUGCAUAUAAUAUGGUGAGUCUUUUUUGGAUUUUCGAUAUCAAUUAUAAGCAUUUAAGGAAAUCAUCAAUAUCAUCGUCAUCAUCUUUUCAAUUGGUUCUCAAGAAUAACAAUGUCAGUCGAAGGAAAGGUUGAAAAGUUGUCAGUCAAAGACGAAGUUGAACAAGUCGUUACACCAUGGGAAGUUGAAGGAGCAGUGGUGGAUGGUAAAGCUCAAGGUAUCGAUUAUGAUAAAUUAAUUAAACAAUUUGGGACAAAAGCUAUAACUGAAGAUACUUUAUCUAAAUUUAAAAGAUUAACUGGUCAAGAACCUCAUCCAUUCUUAAAGAGAGGAGUGUUCUUUUCUGAAAGAGAUCUUGAUAGAAUCUUGGAUUUAUAUGAACAUGGUGAACCAUUCUUUCUUUAUACUGGUAGAGGUCCAUCAUCUGAUUCGAUGCAUUUAGGUCAUAUGGUUCCAUUUGAAUUCACAAGAUGGUUACAAGAAGUAUUUGAUGCUCCAUUAGUGAUUGAAUUAACUGAUGAUGAGAAAUUCUUAUUUAAACCAAAAUUAUCGAUUGAAGAUGUUAAACAAUUUUCUAAAGAUAAUGCUAAAGAUAUUAUCGCUGUUGGUUUUAAGCCAGAAAAUACCUUUAUAUUUUCUGAUUUAGAAUAUAUGGGAGGAUCAUUUUAUGAAAAUGUAGUUAGAACUUCAAGACAAAUCACCACUUCAACUGCUAAAGCUGUAUUUGGAUUCCAAGAUUCUGAUUGUAUUGGUAAGAUUCAUUUUGCUAGUAUUCAAAUCGCUACUGCUUUUCCAUCUUCAUUCCCUGAUGUAUUAGGCUUACCUCCAAAGACUCCAUGUUUGAUUCCAUGUGCCAUUGAUCAAGAUCCUUAUUUUAGAGUUUGUCGUGAUGUAGCUGAUAAAUUAAAAUUUUCUAAACCAGCUUUAAUUCAUGCUAAAUUUUUCCCUGCUUUACAAGGAGCAUCAACUAAAAUGUCUGCUUCAGAUACUACUACUUCAAUCUUUAUGGGAGAUUCUCAAAAGGAAAUUAAAAGAAAAGUUAAUAAAUAUGCCUUUUCAGGAGGUCAAGCUACUCUUGAAGAUCAUAGAAGAUUGGGAGGUAAUCCUGAUACUGAUGUUGCAUAUCAAUAUUUAUCAUUCUUUAGUUAUGAUGAUGCAAGAUUACAAGAACUUUCUGAUGAUUAUAAAUCUGGGAAAGUAUUAUCAGGUGAAAUGAAACAAGAAUGUAUAACUGUAUUACAAGAAUUUGUGGCUGCUUAUCAAGAAAGAAGAAGUAAAAUUGAUCAAGAACUUAUUGAUAAAUUCAUGAAACCUCAUAAAUUAGUAUAUGGCCAAAAGGAAAGAUUAGUAGCUCCUAAAGUUAGAGAAAAGAAAGAAAAGAAAUAGAUGAUUAAUAGAUAAUUUUAUGUACAUUCAUUCUCUAUA